GGCUCACUAACACAGAUUUAGACAGAUUUAUGAACAAUAUUUGUGAGAAAUGGUCUUUUGUGUGUAUAGAAAAUGUUUUAGAUCUUUGAGUUCAGCUCAUUAAAAAUGGGAGCAAAAACAAAAGUGUUGUGUUUAUAUUUUUGUUCAGUGUAAGUAACAUAACGCUGUAUAUAUUGUUCAUUGUUCAGUAUGAAUAGAAGCACUAGCAUCCCCACACCUGUUUCCUGUCUGCAGCAGCUGUUUCCUGUUUGCAGCAGCUGUUUCCUGUCUGCAGUAGCUGUUUCCUGUCUGCUGCAGCAGUUUCCUGUCUGCAGCUGUUUCCUGUCUGCAGCAGCUGUUUCCUGUAUGCAGCAGCUGUUUCCUGUCUGUAGCAGCUGUUUCCUGUCUGCAGCAGCUGUUUCCGGUCUGUAGCAGCUGUUUCCUGUCUGCAGCUGUUUCCUGUCUGCAGCAGCUGUUUCCUGUCUGCAGCAGCUGUUUCCUGUCUGCUGCAGCACUUCCCUGUCUGCAGCUGUUUCCUGUCUGCUGCAGCUGUUUCCUGUCUGCUGCAGCACUUCCCUGUCUGCAGCAGUUUCCUGUCUGCAGCUGUUUCCUGUCUGCAGCACUUCCCUGUCUGCAGCACUUCCCUGUCUGCAGCUGUUUCCUGUCUGCUGCAGACAGACGAUGGCAGCAGAGACAGAAAGGCAGAAGCAGCUGGUUGGUUCAGUUCAGUGUUGUCCAUCAGGGGCUGGUUCAUCUGGGUCUGCUGACAUUGAUUGAUUGAUUGAUUGAUUGAUUGAUUGAUUGACAGUGGAGUUAAGUGUCACCUUGUGUUUUAAGUGCUGAGACGUCAUUAAAAUGUUCAGGACCCAGUGAGUCAGAGUGGGUUGUUGUUUGAGGAUGAUCUUUGGACAGUAGAUAUGGAGGCCUAUCAGCUGCAGCGGCUCAAGGUCGUGACGUGGUUGUUUAGAUGACCCUGAGACACACAGUGAGAAGGUCAGUGUGACAAAGGUCAACACUCAGAGCAGGUUACAACACACACACGAUAAGACAGGAUGUUUCCUCAUCACCAGGAACACAAAGCAACUACAGAGGAGCCGUGACUCAUCCUGUCACUCAGUCCUUUUACUCAUCCUGUCACUCAGUCCUUUUGCUCAUCCUGUCACUCAGUCCUUUUACUCAUCCUGUCACUCAGUCCUUUUGUACAUCCUGUCACUCAGUCAUUUUACUCAUUCUGUCACUCAGUCCUUUUGCUCAUUCUGUCACUCCGUCCUUUUACUCAUCCUGUCACUGUCAUUUUACUCAUCCUGUCACUAUGUCAUUUUGCUCACCCUGUCACUCAGUCCUUUUGCUCAUCCUGUCACUCAGUCCUUUUGCACAUCCUGUCACUAUGUCAUUUUGCUCAUCCUGUCACUCAGUCCUUUUGCUCAUCCUGUCACUAUGUCAUUUUGCUCAUCCUGUCACUAUGUCAUUUUGCUCAUCCUGUCACUAUGUCAUUUUACUCAUCCUGUCACUCAGUCCUUUUGCUCAUCCUGUCACUCAGUUCUUUUGCACAUCCUGUCACUGUCAUUUUACUCAUGCUUUCCCUCAGUCCUUUUGCUCAUCCUGUCACAAUGUCAUUUUACUUAUCCUGUCACUCAGUCAUUUUGCACAUCCUGUCACUCAGUCCUUUUGCUCAUCCUGUCACUCAGUCAUUUUACUCAUCCUUUCACACAGUCCUUUUACUCAUCCUGACACUCAGUCCUUUCGCACAUCCUGUCACUGUCAUUUUGCUCAUCCUGUCACUCAGUCCUUUUACUCAUCCUGUCACUCAGUCCUUUUGCUCAUCCUGUCACUCAGUCAUUUUACUUAUCCUUUCACACAGUCCUUUUACUCAUCCUGACACUCAGUCCUUUUACUCAUCCUGUCACUCAGUCAUUUUACUCAUCCUGUCACUCAGUCUUUUUACUCAUCCUGUCACUCAGUCCUUUUGCUCAUCCUGUCACUCAGUCCUUUUGCACAUCCUGUCACUAUGUCAUUUUACUCAUCCUGUCACUCAGUCCUUUUACUCAUCCUGUUACUCAGUCCUUUUGCUCAUUCUGUCACUCAGUCCUUUUGCUCAUCCUGUCACUCAGUCAUUUUGCACAUCCUGUCACUGUCAUUUUGCUCAUCCUGUCACUAUGUCCUUUUGCUCAUCCUGUCACUCAGUCCUUUUGCACAUCCUGUCACUCAGUCAUUUUACUCAUCCUGUCACUAUGUCAUUUUACUCAUCCUGUCACUCAGUCCUUUUACUCAUCCUGUCGCUGUCAUUUUGCACAUCCUGUCACUAUGUCAUUUUACUCAUCCUGUCACUCAGUCAUUUUGCUCAUCCUGUCACUAUGUCAUUUUGCUCAUCCUGUCACUCAGUCAUUUUACUCAUCCUGACACUCAGUCCUUUCGCACAUCCUGUCACUCAUUCCUUUUGACUGAUGAAUGAAUGAAUGAAUGAAAGAGGAGACAUGAGUCUUCCCCUUGAUGAAGGACACGUCCUGAGAGAACAAACACCUGAUGACAUCAGCAGCAGCCGGUGUGAUGGCGUCUGAUGCUGCUGCAGCUCUGUGGAAUUUGUCUGUGAUGAUCCGCUCUGAUUUAUGUCCAGGGAAAACCACAACAACAGUCAAAAGUCUUUUCAGAGCCAGAGACACUUUUCUUACGGCCAACAAACCGCUGUCUCUGCUCCGAUGAUGAUGUGUAAUAUGUGAUAUAUGUGGGUGGAACAGAUUGUUAGAUAAAUGAUAGUGUGAGGUCAAACAGUAUCUUUCAUACAGACACUCCUCCAGAGAGACAUCCAAACAGUAUCUUUCAUACAGACACUCCUCCAGAGAGACAUCCAAACAGGCUCUAAUCACCUUCUCCUUACACAACAGCCUCUGAAUACACUGGGCCUCAACCUCCACCACUUCAUUCACUAAAGGACACGCCAUGUUUCUACUUCCUGCUACACGCUCAGCCUCAGGCUGAGAUGAAGCAAACCUGCGACUCAGCAGAGGCGUUAGGUUUUUGGGUCCACCUGUCCAUCUGACCCCCUGUCCAUCUGUCCACCUGUCCACCUGUCCAUCUGUCCCAUUCUCCCAUGUUGAGGGCGUGUCCUAGAUGCUGCAGAAAACAAGUGCUGACC